UCUGGAAAAUCGGUAUGGUCAAAUGUCUCGAAGAACCUUAUUGACUUACAAAAGGUACCUAGACAACUCCAGUGGAGCUAUUUCCGAUAAUUUCCUGUGGAUCAACUAGUACGAACAAGAAGCUUUUCUACCUUUGUAAAUUAUUCUGUAUCUUUUGCGCGUCAAUACCUCGGAAGAUAUGGCGGGUGAAACCCCUGAUCAAAUAUCGAGCAUUUUUUGGGACUAUAUGUUUGUAGGCGGUGGAUUGGCCGCGUCGGUUGUGUCUCAUCGGCUGCAUCAGUUCGACCCAAGUCUCAAGAUACUCGUUGUUGAAGCAGGCCCAGAUGCUAGCAAUCGAUCUGACAUCAUCUGGCCAAACUCCACCAAUCUAAUUGGUGGUGACUUUGACUGGAAAGACAAUAGCGUUAAUCAAUUGCACCUCGAUGGUCGCAGCAUCAACCUGCCAAACGGUAAAGCCCUAGGCGGAGGGACGGUCAUUAACGGUGGGGGUUGGCUCCGCGGUGACAAGUAUGACUAUGAUCUCUGGGGCUCGUUGACGAACGACGCGCGUUGGAGCUAUGAUGGACAGCUUCCUUACAUGCGGAAGACCGAGACGUUCUGGAACAACACUACAAAUCCGGACCAACACGGCCAUAACGGGCCCGUGCUCAUACAAUCCGCCACAUCAACCGACCGAGCGUUUCCGCUUCGUGACUACGCGCUGAGGUCCUGGGCAGAAGUUGGGAUCGACCCUUUGCUGGGCCUCGAUGCCAACGCGGGCAAUCCUCUAGGGGUUGGCGAACUGAACGAGAAUAAGGAAGAAGGUAGGCGGGAAAUCGCCUCAAGUAUCUACCCACUCGAUGGAAUCACCGUAUUAACCAAUACCCUCGUGGAAAAGGUUCUGGUCGAGAAAACUGAUCAUGCAGAGGAUGGCAAUGGUGCGGUAGCCGUUGGUAUCCGGCUGGCUUGUAAUACCGAAAUUCGUGGACGUGAAAUCAUUGUAGCAGCCGGCGCCGUACGUACGCCUCAAGUGCUCAUGUUAUCUGGCGUUGGUCCGGCUGGCGAGCUUACUAAACACGGCAUUCCAACCCUCGUGGAUCACCCGGACGUCGGGCAGAAUCUCGCUGAUCACGGCCUGUUUUUCCAUGCGUGGAAAGUGAAGGACCCUAGUGCCGGGUGGGCGGUUGGGUCUCCCAAUCCGCUAUUCAGCCAACCGCAAUACGGAUUGGGCUUUCCGUUCGAUCUGAUCGUGUCUAGCGACGUACGUAAAGAGGGCCUCGCAGCCGCAAUCGCCGAGGAUGAGGGCGCAGUCCCGGAUCCGUCCAGCCACCCACUCCUGGCUGAUAAGCGCACCUUUGUGGAACAUGUCUUCAUGUAUGCCGGAGCAGCGGAUGGAUCGCUGGUAACGUUCGGCGCCAUCAUGUUACUGCCGACGGCUCGCGGCUCGGUGAAGCUUGCAUCGGCCGAUAUCAGAGAAGCGCCGCUCAUCGAUCCGAAUUUCUUAGGUACAGCUGUGGACCGCUACGUAGCGCGCGAGGCCAUCAAGACGCAGAUCAAGUUCGCCGGUAGUGACGCUACGGUCAUCGGUCGUGAGAUACUCAAUGGGGAGGCGGGCGCGGCUGGCUUCGAUGAGGUGCUGUCGACCAACUCGACCGACGAGUAUAUCGACGCGCGCAUACGGGCCGGGUUCGGGACGAGCUUCCAUCCGAUGGGAACCGCAGCAAUGGGCAAGGUGGUCGACAGUAAAUUGAGGGUGAAAGGGGUCAGGGGCUUGCGUGUGGUCGACGCCUCAGUGUUUCCUGUGGCUAUCACCGGACAUCUACAAGUUGCCACUUAUGCUUUAGCUGAACAAGCUGCUGAGAUAAUCUACGCCGACCACACCAACUCUUCGUAGAUUGCCAAAUGGCCUCUCGUGGGAUAGUUCGUAUUAACCUCUCUGUCCUACUUUUAUGACUUUGAAUAGUAUAUUCUUUCAUUUCCCUUGAGAUGAAUCACAUGAUAGCAAAUGAGAGCGGUCUAUGUACCUAGAUAACUAAAAUGAAUGCAAGAUCAUACUAUCAUGUCAGGAUGGUGAGCCGAGAGGGAAACUACUUGAUUGAAAUACAGGAGAGCACCAUGAAACCUUGGAUGCCAGGCAAGAUAGCUAAUGCCUUUCACCACGUGAGACCAU